AGCGGUCGUGAAGAGGAAGAAAAUCACGCAAUUUGCUGAUCAGCUCCUCUUGCUCUGUUAUCGGGUCAGAUCAUUGCUAUGUGAGAAGAAUGCAGGGAAACCUUGUUGAUCAAGAACAUAAUCGUCACCGUCGUCGUCGUCAUCGCGGAAUGGCCUAGUUAUACGUCGCCGGAGUGAAUUCAUCGGUGUGGGCGAAGUAGGCUGAAGUCGGCCGAACGAGCCCGAUCAACCAUUCACCAUAACUUCCGCUCGGCCCCGAACCUCCGGCAAAGUAUUUGUGACCAUGGCUGCAUGUCUACGAUUUACUCGACGAGUAUGGAAGUCUUUUAUCGUAACCAAAGGACAUGACGCGCAAUGUUUCCCAAACCUCGUUGUGGAAGACGCCAAGCCAGGAAUCGUGCAGGCCUCGCUCAAGAUAGAACCUUACAAUAUCAACCGCGUCGGGACCGCACACGGUGGUCUUAUCAUGUCUCUCACAGACACUAUGGGAUCGCUAGUCGUUGCCACCAAAGGAUAUUGGAUGACCGGGGUAAGCACCGACAUUGGUGCAUCCUUUGUCCGUCCAGCUGGAAGGCCGGGCGACAUAAUAUACGCCACGUCUCAUUUGACUGGUAUGGGUAAAUCCUUGGCAUACACACGAACAGAGUUCAAGAACGCGACAGGGGAUCUUGUUGCAUAUGGAUAUCACACAAAGUACAUUGGUAAGGCUCUAGUCCACGAGAACAAUGUGAAAUUGUCGGAAGAUGGAGAAACAGUCUUGGAAGGGAAAGAUCUCGAAGUAGACUAGAUUAGACUUUCUUGUAGAGAUAAGAACCAGUAUUCUGAUAUGGAGAAACAGCUGAAGCUGAAAUCGUGGUGAUGUUCAUGUCCUCCGUUUUUAUCUUCAAAAAACCAUCG